UGACAGAGUAAUAAUUUUAAAUACGUAAAUAAUCGAUUCAACGAUUGUAUUAUUAAAAAAAUAUAUAUUUAUUAUACAUUUUUAUUCUUAUAUAUUAUACCUACAACAAAAAUUAUAUUAAUUUGUUAAAUUUUUUAAAUUAAAUAACCAGACAAAUUGGCAGUUUCAUUAGAGAAAAUAUCAUAUAACUUGACGUAACUUAAUCUAACAUAUGACAAUUCAUCGUUAAGAGGAAGUCAAGUAAUGGCAAUAGCGUAGAGAUGAGAUGAACGUCGCGACUCAAGGGACAGUCAUCAAGUUGUAGCAAAGUAAUACGAGGUGAUAAGUCGGCUAAAGCUGCAAAUAGACUGAGAAGUUUGAAAAUAUUGAAAUGCGUUAAUUAUUAUCCUUAAAUAAUGAUUAGAAAGUAAUUUUAUUUAUUAUCAAUUCAAGUGAUAAUGUUUCUUUUAAUAAACAUUUAUGCGUUAAUACUCACUCAAUCACUUAUAAGUGCAAAAGGUACCAUUGGAGAGCUGGACUCAAAGCGUCAAGCAGGAGGGUUUGAUUACCAAAAUACUGAUGCGUGGAAAGAUGAGUAUCCAUCGUGCGGUGGGAAUAAUCAAUCACCUAUCAAUUUGGACUUUGGAAAAUUUCGAGAAGUUGUUGAUCCUCGAAAACUUGAAUUUCAUGGCUACAACAAUAUACCAAAAAAAAUUUCUAUAGUCAAUAAUGGACAUUCAUUGGAAUUAGAAGGUCAUUGGCCAUAUAAUAAGCAUCCUUACAUAUCUGGAGGGCCACUUCAAAGUGAUUAUGUAUUUAAACAAUUACACUUUCAUUGGGGUGUUAAUAAUAAUGAAGGAAGUGAGCACACAAUUAAUGGUCAAAGUUUUCCACUGGAAAUGCAUUUAGUCCAUUAUAAAAAAGAUUAUGACUCUUUCAAAGAUGCAUUGAAUCACACCGAUGGAAUUUCAGUUGUAGCAGUAUUUUUUGAUAUACAAGACGAGGGCUCAGAGGGCAUAGCCAAUGUUUUAAAAAAUGCGACCAGUCUUUUACGUCCGAAUAGUCAUGUGAAUUUGGAACCAUUUGCUCUUUCAACUUUUGAUGGAAUUACUUCUGCGCCUAAAUAUGCUAGUUAUUAUGGUUCCCUUACUACUCCACCUUGUAGUGAAAGUGUCACCUGGAUAAUUCCAGUCACUGUUUUGGAUAUUACCGCAUAUCAGAUGAAAACAUUCAGAUGUUUAAAUUUUAAUCACAAAGAUUACCAUAAUUUUCGGCCGACGCAAAACACAAAUGGCCGCAUUAUAUACUUAUUUAAACAACCACCAAGCUGAAUAUUUAUUGGGAAUCAGUUACAAUUUUUAUUCGAAUUAAAUUUCUAAAAUCAAUUAUACUAAAAAAUUUUAUUGCUUAGAAAUUGAAAAAUUGAGGUUUUGGAGUUCCAGACAGAUCUUUUUUGUAUAUAAAAAAAAAUCCUAAUAAAAAUUUCUGAUUGUUUUAUCUCUAGUGGAAGACUAA